AUAAUUGGAUGAAAGGCAGAGAGAUUAGCAAAGGAAACAUAGAGGGAUCUGAGCGGGUGGAGAAACUGAAGAAAGGGGGCGGAAAUUACGAAGUAUAAACGAACUACUUAACAAACACUCACCAACUCACUGUCUCUCAUUACUCACUAAGCUCACAUUGUAAUACCCGUCGCCUUCUCAUUUCUCAUUUCUCGCUGUACACGCAGAAAAUUAGCUCUCUUGAGCUUCGAUUUCCUGUUGGAUCUCUGCGGUUAUUGGAAGUUGAGCACCAUGGAGUCCGCCGCUGUUCUCCGCUCCUUCGAAUAUGCGGUUGGCACAAAUUCCCUUCUUAAGUUUGUUCUUCAAAGACCUGGCAUGGUUACAAUGAAUGGUGCUGCUUACUGUGGCCUAAGUAAACUGCCUGCCUGUGGUGGAAAGAAUCUUUCAUCUAGAAAAAGACAUGGGGCACUACUUGUUUCAUGUGCAAAGACCUCUGAAGCUACUAUUUCAGCCAAAGCCAAAGGUGAUCCUAACGGAGCUGUUCUGUCAAAUGGUGCACUAGAGAAAAAAACACCAAUAAGUGCAACUUUUCCCACUGGUUUUGAGGCCCUGCUGACAGAAGUUUGUGAUGAGACGAAGAUCGCUGAGCUGAAAGUCAAGUUAGGAGCCUUUGAGAUCCACAUGAAGCGGAAUAUUGAUGGCCCGGCAAUACCCGCACCUGUUGUUCCUCAUGAAACAGCAUCUUCUGCUCCAAGUAAACCUGUUGUUCCUCCUCCACCCCCAUCUAAAUCUUCUGCAGAGAAAGUGAGUCCAUUUACAAAUGUCUCUGUUGAGAAGGCAGCCAAAUUGGCAGCCCUGGAGGCUUCUGGAUCCAGUGGGUAUGUUAUAGUAUCAUCACCCACGGUUGGUUCAUUUAGAAGAGCCAGGACUCUAAAAGGAAAGAAGCAACCACCUGCAUGUAAAGAGGGUGACGUGAUCAAGGAGGGACAGGUGAUAGGCUUCUUGGAUCAGUUUGGCACUGAACUCCCUGUCAAAUCGGAUGUGGCUGGAGAAGUUUUAAAGCUUCUUUUCAACGAUGGAGAAGCCGUUGGUUACGGAGAUCCCCUCAUUGCUGUAUUGCCAUCUUUUCACAGUAUCAAGUAAUGUCGCCUGAAAUGGCUGCCAACACAUCCGCUGAAGCAUUGACCUUCGCUACGCCUUUGCAAAAUCACGAGAUGCAGUUUCGUUUCUUUUUUCCUUUUAAUUUUUGGUUAUGUAAGUUUUAUUGCUCGGCAGUUGGUGUGAGAAAGAGGAUCAAGUCUGAAGCAGCAGAUAAUUACUCCUCUUACUUCUAGUAUGGAUUCUAUUUAGUAAUCUGAUAUUUUUGUUAGUAGUUUUAUUUGUAUCUGCGGUGACUGUUAUGUGUUUGCACUCGUGUAAAAUUAAAAAGAUGAAUGGGAUUUAAUCCAACAUAAA